AACUGUCAGAGAAUAGAAGCAGUGGUGGUUCCUGGCUUGAGCUAAACGCACGUGCGUUAGCCCGCAUCCAAAACGGAAAUCGCUGCUUCAUAAUAAAGAUUUUCCGCCAACUUCCUCGGAGGUAUCGUGUUUACACCCUGUCGACUCCAUUUUUGAUUAGUUUAAUUAACCCGGACAAGCGCCAGAGCGCGAACCUACCGCAUCUUAGAGUGAGGAUUUGUUGAAGUCUGAAAGUCGAAAUGAUCUUGAUAAAACACUGCAACUAAUAUCUCUAGGAUAACGAUGUUUAACAAUAAUGAAUGCAUUGUGAUGUUAAAAUGAACUUUCAUUGUGGUGGAGUCUGAACGCAGUUUAAAUAUGGGUGGUGGUUGCAGUGAAGUGCCUUUCAAUGUUCUCAAACUUUUGCAAGUGUGGACGGUUCUGUUAGCUUUUAGCCCAGCAAUGUCAGGAUACUCUUGGUCUAGCACUGCAAAAAGUGUUGUAGACCACAAUUUGGGUUUGUCGCCAGUCUUCGAUGAUUUUACGAUAAGAGAAGUCGAAGCCACCGAGGGUCAAACGCUUCUUUUACCUUGCACCGUCAGAUAUCUUGGCGAUAAAGUUGUGUCUUGGAUUAGAAGCAGAGACUUGCAUAUCCUGACGUCGGGUCGCUUUACGUUCUCCAGCGAUAACAGGUUCGAACCUGUUCCCUCUCCAGCUGGAGAUUUCUGGGGACUCAGGAUAAGAGGUGUUCUCUUAUCUGAUACAGGAAGAUACGAAUGUCAGGUCAAUACCGAUCCGAAGAUGAGUCUAGCCUUCAAUCUUACAGUUUCAGGUGUACGAAAGUUGGAGGACACUAAUUCAAAAUGGGUUGGGCAAGCUCUAAUAAAAGGUCGGAGCGAAGUUUACGUUCGAGAUGGGUCUCCAGUGACCUUCACAUGUGAAAUAUCGCCCUUAUCUGUGGCAUCUCCACAAUCUGGAGCGCAUGGAGUUUUCAUGACCGCUAAACCGAAAGUGCGGUGGUUGCACGACAACAAAGAACUACUCUUUGAAACGACAGACCCUCAUAUUUCCAUGAGAACCCUCUACGGAGAAAUGACUCAGAAAGUGAUUGGCGUACUCAAGAUUUCAAAGGUAUCGUGGAGGGACAGCGGACAAUAUACUUGCCUACAAAUGUCGGUGAAACCCUAUUCGGUCAAACUGUUUGUGGCUGAAAGAGAGCACUCAGAAGCAAUGCAACGCGAUUUUCCCAUGUUAUCAACUGCAAAUCAGUGCUUUUUACAUCUGGGAUAUGUCUUUUUAAUGCUUUUGUAUUUUCCUACUUAGUAUUGUAUGCUACCAACAUAAAUAAAUUA